GGCACUGCGCGUGCGCCUCCGGGGAUAGGCUGGAGACUAUUAGAGUUGCCGCCAAACCCCUCGGAAUUAAAAGGGCCCGCGGCCUUCCCCGAAGUUGGUUAGAAGGCAAGGGGUGUUUGGUUGUGGGCAGCAGCACUUUGUCAUGGGACCUGUGCCGUUGGGGAUAUUGCUUUUCGUUUUGACUGCACACUUCCCAGCAUGGGCUGGGACGCCGAAGGAGGAGGACGAUGACACAGAACGCUUGCCCAGCAAAUGCGAAGUGUGUAAGCUGCUGAGUCUGGAGCUACAGGAAAAGCUGAGUCGCACUGGACGAUCUCGAGAGGUGCUGGAGCUGGGGCAGGUGCUGGACACGGGCAAGAGGAAAAGACACGUCCCUUACAGCGUUUCAGAGACAAGGCUAGCAGAGGCCUUGGAGAAUUUAUGUGAGCAAACUCUGGAUUACAGUGUUCAUGCUGAGCGCAAGGGCUCACUGAGAUACGCCAAGGGGCAGAGUCAGACCAUGGCAACGCUGAAAGGCCUGGUGCAGAAGGGAGUCAAGGUGGACCUGGGGAUCCCUCUGGAGCUGUGGGACGAGCCCAGUGUGGAGGUCACAUUCCUCAAGAAGCAGUGUGAGAAAAUGCUGGAGGAGUUUGAAGAAGUCGUGGAAAACUGGUACUUCCACCAUCAGGAGCAGCCCCUGCAGCAUUUUCUCUGUGAAGGUCAUGUGCUCGCAGCUUCUGAAACUGCAUGUCUACAGGAAACGUGGACUGGAAAGGAGAUCACAGAAGGGCAAGAGAAGACAGAAGGGGAGGAGGAGCAAGACCAAGAGGAGGAGAAGGACAAGGAAGAAGAGAUGACCAGCACACCAGGCCACUCCAAACAUGACCCAGAGGAUCUUUGACCCUUGUUUUUGAGCCUCCAGGAAGGGCAGGGGUUGUGGAGAGUUCUCUGAAGUCUGAGCUCUCUCUACUCCACAGCUUUUAUGGUGUGUGAGUGUGUGUGUGUGUGUCUCACCCCUAAGCUUGUAGUUGUUCUCUCCCAUCUGGUCUCAGGCAGAAUCCUGAUGGUACAGCAUAAUAUAGCUAUGGGGAGAAAGGGGUGAGCAGUAGGUAGAAGCCAUACCCUCUGCCUGUCAUCUAGCUCCCUUAACUGUAAGGUGUGGAGACAAUAGUGAAGGCUUUCCCCUUUAAAAAUCUCUACUACUUCUAAACUCCACCCAGAGGUCGGCAAUGGCACAGGAGUUGUGGGUCUUGGGAACAUCACUUUGCCUUUUUUUAGACCCUUACAAGGAUGAAGCCAGAAGGGCAUUCUCCGCAACUUAUACACACCGCCUGCGUCCAGAAGGCUACAUGCCCACAAACUGUGACCGAAGAGGGGAGGGACACUGGAUGGGGUGAUGUUUGAUAAGUUAGGUGGAGUAGACACACUUAGUCUACUUCAUAUUAAUUUCACCGAUGGCCCGCCACAUAAUUUCACAAGUGCCAAAUUUUUUAUAUAUCGCUAGUAAGCUUUC